AUGCGGCAACUUGCAUGCAGAUUUUGCAAAAAUACGAGACAUAUAUUCGUUGUUGACCCUCAACUGGACCUUCGGUACCGUUUUGAGAACAGAUUGGAAAUGUCUAAAAUGUUAAAGGCACGAACUUUAAUGGUCGAUCUUAAAAGUGUGGAAGCAAGUUAUAUGAAAUGGUGGGAGGCAUAUGAAAAUCUCUGUGAGUUAAGUAAGACGGAAUCAGAUAAAUUCUCGGUUCAGAAAAAAUUCCUGCUUUCUUUGGAAGACGGGUUGCUUGAUGCUCUUCGGCUACCAAAUGAUGUUGAAAGUUUUUCUUACACAGCCCCUAAUCUAAAACUGAAGAAGAGGAAGCCAACGUUUUUGUCGUAUUUGGAAGAAUCCGGAAUGUUGAAGGUUUCACCUCCAAAUAUCGUUCGAGGGGCAGUUAUUGAAGGUGUAAAUAUCCCGCUGGAUAACUACCUCGCAUUCACAGAUGGUUCAAUUUCAGCGGUCCCUCAGUACCUAACGGGAGGAUGUUGCUCCAAAGUAGAACUUUCAACCAAUCCUCAGAGGACAAAAAUUGUAGCCUUGAGUUUUUGCACUUCUAAAAAUGAUGCACUUGAAGAGUAUUGUUUUUGGAAGUCAUCUAUAGGAAAUUUGAUCUCGUCUAAACUGGCGUUUGACUUUGAAUUUGUAACUUUACCUGUUAGAAACUUGUUCAACUUUGAAUCUGGUGCUUCAAUUGCUGUGUACGACGACUUAGAGGUGGCUCGGAUUGCUUUUUGCGGUGACUAUAUAUCUCGAAGGUUGAAUAUAACUGUGGAUACAGAGUCGGAACUUCUAAAAUUUCUUCACUUGGUAUAUACAGAGAUUGAUGUGACAAAGUAUGAUCAGUAA